AUGAGAGAAACAAAAAAACAUGUUUUUAUUAAAGAAAUAAAAUUAAUGUUAUAUGCAUUUGGUGAUGUACAAUCGCCCAGAUUAGACACUCUCAUAACUGUUCAUAAUUAUCUAUGUUCGUAUUUGAAUACAUUGUUAAUUAAAACACAUAACAUGGCUAAAGUUAAAGGAAAAACUAAAACAGAAGAUCUUCUAUUCUUUUUAAAGAGAGACAGAAAGAAAUAUUCAAGAGUGAAGAAUUUAUUAAAAACAAAUGAAGAGCUUAUAAGAACUAGAAAGAUAAUUGAUCAACCUGAAAAUGAAAGUGAAGUUGAAUAA